GCGGAAUGAGCGCUGAUGCAGUAACGCAGCCGCUGCGUUUUGUGUCGCACCUCUGAGCCGCUUUACGCUCUUUUUCUCACCCUGACAACUUUCACCAGGCACUUUACAGUCUUUACCAGCGCACACUUACUGGAGGAGACGUCAUCUUCAUCUUCUUCAUCAUCUGCGGGAGCAGGAGCGCGAGCAGAAUGAGGCGGCUGCUUGUGCUCGCGGCGGGAAUCUCAACGCUCGCGUCGCUGUGUGUAUCAGCGCAGACGCUCGACGCAGACGCAGGCGCAGACAGAGCCGCGGAGCAGCCGAGAACGAACCGAUCGAAGCGUCGCGGCGGCGGCCAGGACGUGCUGAAGGGGCCGAAUGUGUGUGGAUCCCGUCAUCAUGCGUACUGCUGUCCCGGAUGGAAGACCUUGACCGGAGGGAACCAGUGCAUCGUCCCUAUUUGUCGCAGCCCCUGCGGAGACGGCUUCUGCUCCAGACCCAACAUGUGCACCUGUCCGAGCGGCCAGAUCGCUCCCACCUGUGGAUCCAAAUCAGUCCAGAACUGUAACAUCCGCUGCAUGAACGGCGGGUCGUGUGCGGAGGACCAGUGUCUGUGUCAGAAGGGAUACUCCGGAGCUCACUGCGGCCAGCCGGUGUGUGAGUCCGGCUGUCUGAACGGAGGCCGAUGCGUCGCUCCAAACCGCUGCCUGUGUAACUACGGCUUCACUGGAGCUCAGUGUGAGAGAGAUUACAGGACGGGGCCAUGUUUCGCGUCGGUCAGUAACCAGAUGUGUCAGGGUCAGCUGACGGGAAUCGUCUGCACUAAGACGCUGUGCUGUGCGACGGUGGGACGGGCCUGGGGUCAUCCGUGUGAGCAGUGUCCAGCACAACCGCACCCUUGCCGCCGCGGCUUCAUUCCCAACCACCGCUCAGGGGCCUGCCAGGAUGUGGACGAGUGCCAGGCCAUUCCUGGACUCUGUCAGGGGGGAAACUGUGUGAAUACUGUGGGCUCAUUUGAGUGCAAAUGCCCUGCUGGACACAAGUUCAACGAAAUUACACAGAAAUGUGAAGACAUUGACGAGUGCUCUCAGAUCCCGGGCCUGUGCAGUGCAGGUCAGUGCUCCAACACCAUAGGCAGCUACUUCUGCAGGUGUCCGGUGGGCUUCGACACGGCGCUGGACGGCUCGCGCUGCAUCGACGCUCGGACGGGCUUCUGCUACGCUAACAUCGUGAGCGGGCGCUGUGCUAACCUGCUGCCGCAGCGUAUGUCCAAGAGCCAAUGCUGCUGUGAGAACAGAGGAUGCUGGUCCGGAUCCAGCGUCCCAGAGAUGUGUCCCAUCCGCGGAACAGAGGAGUAUCAGAUACUCUGUCUGUAUAGUCACACGGUUCCUGAUCCAGACCGACCAGAUCUGAUUCCGCUUCCGGGUCCAGGUCCGCUUCCGCUUCCGGGUCCUGGUAUUGGUCCUCGUCCUGUUCCUGGUCCUGGUCCGGGUUUUCCCGAUGACCCACGAGAUCCUUACCCUCGUGAUCCGAUACCUUUGCCGCCCACAUCUGUUGACCUUCCCUCCUUCACCAUCAGACCUGUCAUCCUGUCUCAGAACUUCAGCAUCAGGAACAUGUGCGAGGCGUUUCGUAACCUGUGCAUCAACGGCCGCUGCGUGCCGACGCCAGGCAGCUACCGCUGCGAGUGCAACAUGGGCUACCGGCUGGACGGCCGCGGCGAAUGCAUCGAUGCGAACGAGUGUGAGCGGAGCCCCUGUGUGAACGGGGAGUGUGUGAACACCCCUGGAUCCUAUUACUGCCAGUGUCCCACCGGAUUCCAGAGCACGGCCACCAGAACCGAGUGUCGAGAUCUGGAUGAGUGUGUGGCCAACGGUCGCAUCUGCAACAACGGCCGCUGCGUCAACACGGAGGGCAGCUUCCACUGCGUGUGCAACGCCGGCUUCGAGAUCUCAGCUGACGGAAGGAACUGCCAAGACACUGAUGAGUGUUUGAUAAGGAACAUCUGUCUGAACGGCAUGUGCAUCAAUGAGGAUGGCAGCUUCAAGUGCAUCUGCAAACCUGGAUACUUGUUAGAUGGUACUGGACGGUUCUGUGUGGAUGUGGACGAGUGUGAGGUUCCUGGCAUGUGUAUGAACGGUCGCUGCGUCAACACCGAGGGAUCGUUCCGCUGCGAGUGUAUGCCGGGACUCGCCGUGGGGCUCGACGGACGCAUCUGCGUAGGUGAGUGCAGCCACAGUUCAGACGUGGACGAGUGCUUGAGUAACCCGUGUGUGAACGGCGCGUGUAAGAACAGCGCCGGGUCGUUCGUGUGUCUCUGCUCCGCGGGAAGCAUUCUGGACAGCUCAAGAACUCUGUGUGUGGAGACCACUAAGGGCACGUGUUGGCUGAAGAUGGUGAAUGGACCGUGUGAGGUUAACAUUAACGGAGCGACGCUGAAGUCUCACUGCUGUGCUACGCUGGGGGCGGCCUGGGGCUCGCCGUGUGCCAAAUGUGUACCAGAUCCGUUCUGCUCUAAAGGUUACGCGCGAGUGAAGGGGACCAUCUGUGAGGAUGUGAACGAGUGUGACGUGUUUCCCGGCAUCUGCAUCAAUGGGAAGUGUGUGAACACAGACGGGUCGUUCAUCUGCCAGUGUCCCAGUGGGAUGACGGUGGACUCCACUGGAAGGACCUGCGUUGACCUGCGGACGGAGCUGUGUUACCUCACACACGUCGACGAGCGCUGCGGCGCUCCGAUCCCGGGCCGGCACCGUGUGGACGCCUGCUGCUGCUCCGUGGGUGUGGCCUGGGGCCCGGAGUGCGACGAGUGUCCGGAGAAGGGAACGCCGGAAUACACCCAGCUCUGCCCUCGGCCCGGAUUCUCCCACCGCGGAGACUUCAUCAACGGCAAACCCUUCCUGAAAGAUAUAAACGAGUGUAAGAUGAUCCACAGCUUGUGCACAAACGGCCGCUGCAGGAACACCAUCGGUAGCUUCCGCUGCAGGUGCGACAGCGGCUUCGCUCUGGACUUUGAUGAAAGGAACUGCACAGAUAUCGACGAGUGCCGCAUCUCUCCUGAUCUGUGCGGUCACGGCACGUGUGUGAACACAGCCGGGGAUUUCCGGUGCGAUUGCUUCACUGGAUACGAGAGCGGCUUCAUGAUGAUGAAGAACUGCAUGGAUAUCGAUGAGUGUGAGGACAGUCCUGACAUCUGUCACGGCGGUCAGUGCACCAACAUCCCCGGGGAAUUCCAGUGCCUGUGUUUCGACGGCUACAUGUCAAAUCUUUAUGUAAAUGUGUGUGUGUGUGUGUGUGAUUUAGAUAUUAACGAGUGUGAGAUCGGCGCUCAUAACUGCGACGGACACGCGAGCUGUACGAACACCGCCGGCAGCUUCAGAUGCAGCUGCGCUCCGGGUUGGAUCGGGAACGGGAUCAGAUGCACAGAUCUGGACGAGUGUUCUAACGGGACGCACCUGUGCAGCCCCAGCGCAGACUGCAUGAACACCAUGGGCUCCUACCGCUGCCUGUGCAAAGAGGGAUUCGCGGGAGACGGCUUCUACUGCGUCGACACGGAUGAGUGUGCGGAGAACGUGAAUCUGUGUGAGAACGGACACUGUCUGAACGUCGCGGGUGGAUACCGCUGUGAGUGUGACAUGGGCUUCAUCCCCACCGCAGACGGGAAAGCCUGUGAAGACAUAGAUGAGUGCACGUUUGCAGACAUCUGCGUGAACGGCCGCUGCCGCAAUAUCCCGGGUCUGUUCCGGUGCCUGUGUGACCCCGGGUACGAGCUGGACCACAGCGGAGGAAACUGCACAGAUGUGAACGAGUGCACCAGCCCCACCUCCUGCAUCAGCGGCCUGUGCCGGAACACGCCGGGCAGUUACAUCUGCACCUGUCCGCCGGACUUCGAGCUUAACCCCACUGGAGUUGGUUGCGUCGACACUCGCUCUGGAAACUGCUAUCUGGAGGUGCGAUAUCGCGGCGAUUUCUCCGACAGUCUGGACUGCUCGACCGAGAUCGGAGUGGGAGUUUCCAAAGCGUCCUGCUGCUGCUCUCUGGGUCAGGCCUGGGGGUCACCCUGCGAGACCUGUCCGCCGCUCAACUCCACGGCGUACAGGAUUCUGUGUCCUGGAGGAGAAGGAUUCCGACCCAAUCCCAUCACUGUGAUACUAGAGGAUAUCAACGAGUGUCAGGAGCUGCCUGGUCUGUGUCAGGGAGGAAACUGCAUCAACACGUUUGGCAGUUUCCACUGUGAAUGUCCGAAAGGUUUUGCACUCAAUGAAGACACCAGGAUCUGUGAAGAUGUGGAUGAGUGUGAGCGUCCCGGCAUCUGUGGUCCGGGUCAGUGUUACAACACCAUUGGGAACUACACCUGCAUCUGCCCUCCGGAGUACAUGCAGAUCAACGGAGGAAACAACUGCAUGGACAUGAGGAAGAGCUUGUGCUACAGGAACUACUACUCUGAUAACGCCACAUGUGAUGGAGAGCUGACCUUCAAUAUGACCAAGAAGUUCUGCUGCUGCUCAUACAACAUCGGCCGGGCCUGGAAUAAACCCUGCGAGAAGUGUCCCGUCCCCAGCACCAAUGAGUUCGCUGUGCUGUGUGGAAGUGAGAGACCUGGAUAUUUCAUUGACAUUUACACCGGCACGUCAUUGGUAAACACACAGACACACUCAAAGAGUAUCAACAUGAUCGGCAGUUUCCGCUGUGAAUGUCCGAUGGGUUUUGUCUAUAAUGACAAGUUGCUGAUCUGUGAGGAUAUUGACGAGUGUCAGAACGGGCCGGUGUGUCAGCAGAACGCCGUCUGUCUGAACGUUCCUGGAAGUUUCCGCUGCGAGUGUAAACCUGGAUACCGGCAAACUCCCACCCAGCAGUGUGUCGAUCGUAAUGAGUGUGCUGAGAAUCCAAACAUCUGCAGUCCUGGUCAGUGUAUUGACAUGGUGGGUAGUUACCGCUGCAUCUGCCCCAACGGCUUCAAAUCCACACCAGACCUGUGUAUCGAUGUGGACGAGUGCGAGCGUCAGCCGUGUGGAAAUGGAACCUGUAAGAACACUGUGGGCUCCUACAACUGCCUGUGUUACCCAGGAUUCCAGCUGUCACACAACAACGACUGCAUCGACACAGACGAGUGCACGUCGCUCCGGGGCUUGUGUCGGAACGGAAACUGCAUCAACACGGUGGGCUCGUUUGUGUGCGUGUGUCUAGAUGGGUAUAAACUCUCUCCUGAUGGCCGGAUGUGUGUGGACAUCAACGAGUGUUUGAUCAGCCCCGGCACCUGCGGUCCGGGAACGUGCCAGAAUCUGGACGGCUCCUACAGGUGCAUCUGUCCUCCUGGAUACUUCCUGCAGAACGACAGGUGUGAAGAUAUCGACGAAUGCUCUCAGACGGCAGAGAUCUGCAUCUUUGGCAAGUGUGUGAACACGCCAGGCAGCUUCAGGUGCGAGUGUCCGGAGGGAUUCCAGCUGUCCUCGACCGGAAAGAGAUGUGUGGAUAUUCGUGUGAAUUAUUGUUUCACUAAGUUCGAGAGCGGACGCUGUCAGGCUCCGAAGCCCUUCAACACAACUAAAGACUCCUGCUGCUGCAGCGUGAUGCCGGGUCAGGGAUGGGGCGACCCGUGUGAGAUCUGCCCCUCUCCAGAGGAGGAGGCAUACAAAGCUCUGUGUCCUGCACCUGGUAAAAUGCUCACUGUACACGACACGACUGUGGAUGUGGACGAGUGUUCAGAAAACCCCGGCAUCUGCAGGAACGGCCACUGCAUCAACACCGACGGGACGUUCCGCUGCGAAUGCCCCUUCGGAUACCGGCUCGACUUCACUGGGAUCAACUGUGAAGACACGAACGAGUGUGAGCUGGGGAACCCGUGUGGGAACGGCUCCUGCACAAACGUGGAGGGAGCGUUUGAGUGCAGCUGCGACGAGGGGUUCGAGCCCGGACCCAUGAUGACCUGUGAAGAUAUCAACGAGUGUUCCCAGAAUCCCCUGCUGUGUGCGUUCCGCUGUGUCAACACGGUGGGCUCGUACGAAUGCAAAUGUCCAGCAGGAUACGUGCUGAGAGAAGACCGCCGGAUGUGCAAAGAUCAGAACGAGUGCGAGGAGGGUCUGGAUGACUGUGCGUCCAGAGGAAUGACCUGUAAGAAUCUGAUCGGCACGUACAUGUGCAUCUGCUCGCCGGGAUACACCAGACAGCCCAACGGAGACAGCUGCGUGGAUCUGAACGAAUGCACGGCCAAACCGGGCAUCUGUGAGAACGGCCGCUGCGAGAACACGGUGGGCAGUUACCGCUGCGUCUGCGAUCAGGGCUUCAGUCCCAGUCCCAGCAGGACCGAGUGCAUCGAUAACCGUCAGGGCUUCUGCUUCCUGGAGGUUCUGCAGACCAUGUGUCAGAUGAGUUCCAGCAGUCGCGUCAGCGUUAGGAAGUCCGAGUGCUGUUGUGACGGGGGCCGAGGCUGGGGGCCCAACUGUGAGCUCUGCCCGCUGCCCGGGACCACUCAGUACAAGAAGAUGUGCCCGCUGGGCCCCGGAUACACCACCGACGGCGAGGAUAUCGACGAGUGUAAGGUGAUGGGGAAUCUGUGCAAGAACGGCCAGUGUCUGAACACGCUGGGCUCCUUCAGCUGCGUCUGUAAACCCGGAUACACCACUGACAUCAGCGGCACGCAGUGCGUGGAUGUGGACGAGUGUGUUCAGGCUCCUAAACCCUGUAACUUCAUCUGUAAGAACACGGAGGGCGGGUACCUGUGCUCCUGCCCGCGAGGAUACGUGCUGCAGGACGAUGCCAAGAGCUGCCGGGAUCUGGAUGAAUGCGCCACCAAACAACACAACUGUCAGUUCCUGUGUGUCAACACCAUCGGAGGAUUCACCUGCAAAUGCCCAACGGGAUUCACACAACACCACACGGCCUGCAUCGGUGAGAACACACACACACUCUCACACACACACACUCACACACACUCGCACUGUGUGUGUGUGUGUGCGUGUGUGCGUGCGUAUGUGUGUGUGUGUGUGUCUCUGUCUCUCAGGCACUGUCUGUCGGGCGCGGGGCUGUCGGCCGGUGGAUCUCCUCACACUCCCGCCGCUGAUGGAGACGAGAACGCUCUCUCUCCCGAGGCCUGCUACGAGUGUAAGAUCAACGGUUAUCCGAAGAAGGGCCGCAAACGCAGGAACGCCAACGAAACCGAGGAGCUUCAGAACGAUCUGGACUGGGUCAGUCUGGCCAGUGUAGACGUGGAUGAUACGCUGCAGCUGCGUCUGAACAUCAGCACACUGAAGAGCAAAGACCACAUCAUCGACUUCGUGCCGGCGCUGUCCACGCUCGCUAACCACGUGCGCUACGCUAUCGACUACAGCAACGACGACGGUCUGUUCCGCAUGAACCAGAAGGACGGCGUCAGCUACCUGCACAUAUCCAAGAAGAGAGCUCUCCAGCCGGGAGCGUAUUAUUUACGAAUCCGCAGCGUGCCGCAGACCGGCAGCCCAGAGCGGCCCGACACAGACUACCUCAGCGGGCAGCGAGGAGACGCUCUGCACAUCAGCGUCCAGAUCGUCCUGCACUGACGGACACUCGGACAGACCGCAGCAGCCGCGCCCAAAGAGCAGCACGCACCGCAUCAUACGCUCGCAUUACACAUCACUGGGGUUGGGUAUCGUUUGAUUCCAAUUCCAAUUCUGCUCACCGAUUCCCAGUUUCGAUUCCAACGUGGUUAAAAAAAUCAAGUCAAACAUUUCGCUGCCUUGCAGUUAUAAGGUUCUGUCUGCAUUCUGAGCAGUUUUGAGAUACUGAGAUUCAAAGAUGUUGCGUUCCACAGACUUCCAUAUUUUCUUUAUAAAGGCUCAACAUGUACACAGCUUACAAAAGAAACAUCACAUAAUGUA